CUGUAUCGCAAUGGCCUUAGCAUUUAUCAGAGCUGCUCCUGCUGUUCGAAGGGUGGUGUUCAAGAGUAAUGUAGCCAGGGUGGCUACUUUGAGCCGAUUUUUUUCCGUUGGUUCAUGUUUAAGAUAUGAGAAACCUGAAAGCAUAGUGAUAGAUGGCAAGAGUUAUGAGACAGACGACUGGACAAAUUUGCCCUCGUCUAUUCUUAAGUUGGUUGGUCGAAAUUUACAUUUAAACCCCAAUCAUCCAAUUGGAAUUUUGAAUUCUUUAGUGAAAAAGAGGUUUGGCAAUAUGGGAUAUACACACUAUGACAAUUUUAAACCUGUUGUCUCCAAAUUUGAAAAUUUUGAUGUUUUAGGAUUUCCCGAGGAUCAUCCGGGAAGAAGCAAAUCAGACACAUAUUAUAUCAAUAAAGAUUAUUUACUAAGAACACAUACAUCAGCACAUGAAUACUAUUGCUUUAAAAACUGUGAAACACCAGGUUAUUUUAUUACUGCAGAUGUUUAUAGAAGAGAUGAAAUUGACAAGACACAUUAUCCUGGGUUUCAUCAAAUGGAAGGAGCUAGAAUUUGGAAAAAAGAUGAAAAUGUUAUCGAAACUAUUUCAAAAGAUCUUGAAAAUUUGCCUACAAUUGACAUUAUUGUAGAGGAUACACCCAAAUCAUAUGAUGAUAAGACGAAUCCCAAACAAGAAUAUAUGAGUGUUGAAGAAGUUGCAUUAGUUAGUAGACAUUUAAAGAGAACCAUUGAAAUAUUAGUUAAUGAAGUAUUUCAUUUGGGGAUGAUAGCAUCAAAGAAGAAUAGGAACAACAAGAAGAUCGAGCCAUUAAAAGUUCGGUGGGUAGAAGCCUAUUUCCCCUGGACAGCGCCAAGUUGGGAGAUUGAAGUAUUUUGGAAUGGAGAAUGGUUAGAGUGUUGUGGAUGUGGAUUAGUACAACAACAAGUUUUAAUAAAUUCUGGAAAGAACGAGGAUACGAUUGGAUGGGCAUUUGGUAUUGGAUUGGAUCGAAUUGCAAUGUUGUUGUUUGGGAUACCCGAUAUCAGGUUAUUUUGGUCAGAAGAUGAUCGAUUUUUGAAGCAGUUUAAAGAAGGAAGCGUUAAUUAUUUUAAGCCAUAUUCCAAGUAUCCAUCAUCCAAGAAGGAUAUUAGUUUUUUCAUUAAUAGUGGAAAAGAAAAGGGAAAUGAAAGUGAAAGAGGAUUUCAUGAUAACGAUUUAUACGAGAUUAUCAGAGAAGUGAGUCAAGAGGAUUUGAUUGAAAAUGUGAAUUGCAUUGAUAAUUUUGUUCAUCCCAAUGGAAAGUUGAGUAAGUGUUUUAGAAUUACGUAUCAGUCAAUGGAUAGAACAUUGACGAAUGAUGAAGUCAAUAAAAUCCAUGAAAAGAUAAAACAAACAUUAGCUGAAAGGUUUGAUAUUACACUUCGCUAAUUAAAGAAAAAACGAAAAGAAGCAAAAAGAAAAGAAAAGAGAAAAAAACAAAAA